CUAAAACUCUAGGAAUAAUACAAGAGUAUAAGAAAUUCCGUCUUAAGCUUGUUUGGGCUCUUGUAAACUUUGCUAAUGAUACUAGUAAAGUUAAACUAAGAAAUAGCAUAGAAAAAAAAAAAGAAUCAAAAAGGAUAAAAGUUACAAAGCAUUUUGAGCUCACUAAUCAGCGGUUAGAACCUGGGGACCACUUUGUAGAGUGGAAAAAAACUGAGAAGUUUGCCAGUGAUAUUUCUAGUUAG